CGCUCCAUCAACCAUGAACGCUGAUUGGUUGCAGCGAGCGUCAGCAAUAUUUCGCCAGUGUUUAACACGCUUUCGACAGGGUUGGUGUGGGCGAGAUAGAGUGUGCAACUGUGACGCAUUUAGUCUAUUUGCUUUUGAGUGCUUGCGCCGCAGAUUAGCGCAUCUACGGUCAUAGGGCUCUGAAAGCACCGUAUCCCGUUCGAUCUGCGAGGUUAAGUGGGGUGCCGCUUGGUUAGUACCAUGGUAGGGGACUACAUGGGAAUUCCGAGUACCGUAGUUCUCUUUAUCUCUUUAUCUCUUUUUCUCUUUUCCUCUUUCCUCUUUUCUUCAUAUUAUUGUCUUCACCAAUACCCCUCCCACUUACAGUUCCGAGAGGGGCAGAGUGGGUUAGGGCGCGAGCAUGCUACAAUUCUCAACCGCGCGGAAGCCAAACAUGAACAGUGUUCUACACAAGCACAACCUACGAAACAGUUGAGUCUAUUUCGCUCGCCGGCGAGUGCAUACGGUGCCUCUUUGUGCCCAUCAGAACGACGCCUCAGGCACCAGCGUGAUCCAUUGCACACUGUUCACGAACCGUUAAUGCACAGCCGAAUCCCCUCAACUGCAGAUUGAGUUAUAACGGAGCGUGUGGAUGGUGCAG